AGCAUUCAGAUGGCUCGUAGCCAAUCGGGUGCUGUGCUACCUUUUGAAGUGCAAGAGAUAGCGACGUGUCCUGUUUGUUGUGAACGUUUCGUGGAUCCACUUCAACUCAGUUGUGGGCAUUCACUAUGCAGUUCCUGCGUGGACAGGCUUUACACCUUUCGGGAUGAUUGCAGCGAUGCAUCGGAUUACUACGAUCCCGUAGUGAGAUGUCCAGAAUGCCGUCAAGAUACGAGAGUACCUGCAGCAGGUCUACCUGUCAAUUAUCGCCUUCGAGAUAUGGUGGCUCUAAUGUCGGAUGCAACCAUCACAGCUGGUAAAGUCAGAAGGAAUACCGACAGCAGAGGUGGAAGCUUACCGAAUUGCUUAGCCUGCAACGAUGUUUUAGCUAAAGGAGUGUAUAUGUCGUGUUGCGACUGUGUUUUGGAAGACGAAAAAGCGCGUCAAAUAUGUUCAGUCUGCUGCCUCAGGCAUCACAAUGGGCACCACAUUGUAGAAAAACACAUUCUGACGGUUUCCGAUAUAGUUGCCGGCAGAAAAUCUCUUCGAACAGCACAUCGUCAAGGAUUAAUAGCCAUUGAUCGAGCCUUGGCUCAAUUUGAUACAAGUGCUGCUUCUGUCAAAGAGAAAAUUGAAGAGGAUGCUCACGCAUUGAUUCAUCGAAUCGCAGUCAUUGAUGAAGAAGUUGCUCGUAUCCCCUCCUACGAAGAAUUCCAGAAUAGGAUCAAACAGGCUCAAGAUAUUUCCGCGAGACUAGAGCGCAUGCCGACAGACGUGAAAAUCUUAUUCGAAGGACUUUCUCUAGAUGCUGAUGCAAAGACCAAAGAUGAUGCGACAAAGACGCCUUCUAAUCCUGAGACUAAUUUCGACCGUUUUCGGGAUAUAUGUAGUGAACAUUGCAUAAGAAGCUUUGUGGAUACACUUCUCAACAAUGUGUCACAAUUUACCACUAGCGUGCUUGCCCUCAUGGAACCAGAAAAACUUAUUCGAAGGGAACCGCGUGUACUAGGCGCCGAGUGGCUUUGA